AUGUAUGGUGCAUUCGUGCUAUUUGACGAUGACUUUAUUCAUAUUGUUUCUAUCACAUUUACUGCAUUGAUUCUUACAGAAUUACUUAUGGUUGCACUGACAAUUCGAACGUGGCAUAUAUUAAUGGUUAUUGGUGAAUUCUUAAGUUUUACUUGUUAUAUACUCUCAAUAGUUAUUUUUCAAAAUUAUUUUGAUAUCCGAUUUCUGGAAUCAUGGUCUUUCAUAUGGCGUGUUGUAACUAUCACAGUCAUAUCAUGUUUGCCACUUUAUAUUCUCAAAUACGUGCAAACACAAUUUAAACCACCAAUUCAUGAAAAAUUGAAGCAAUAUUCCACACUUAAAUAA